AUGGGAAGAAAUAAAAUUCGAAUAGAACGAAUUGAAAAUGAAAAAAAAAGAGCAACUACAUUUCAAAAAAGGAGACAUGGUCUUAUUAAAAAAGCAAUGGAACUAAGUAUUUUGUGUGAUUGUAAAGUCUCUUUAAUGGUUUUUAAAGAUGAUAAACUUGUAGUUUAUAGUACAAAUAAUAUUAAAAAAAUGUUACUUGAAUUUGUAGAAUUUCAAGGUCAAUUCAUUUCAUUUACUAAUGAAGAUUAUUCUAAUGUAGCUGAUAAUCAAAUUGAUAUAGAACAACCAGAAAAACAAAUUGACAUUCCUAAGUCUAAUUCUGAAAUGUCUAAAUCAGUUACUCAAAAAGUUAAUCCACCUGAACCAAUUUCUACUUCACAAGUAAUAACUCAUGACCCUAUUCAACAAGAUAAUAAUUACUCUACACCAACAUCUGAUAAUUUAUUAAUUAAAUCAAAUACUAUUAUUCAACCAAAUAAUACUGAAGAUAUGCCUGAAUUACCAACUGGUUCUCCUUUAACAACUCCUUUAAAAAAAGGAAUGUAUAAUAUUUCUACAAUACCUCCAAUUCAAACAACAAAUUUAUCAAUAGAUUGUACUUCUCAAAACUUAGAGUUACAAAAACCAACAGAAUUUCAACACCCUUCGUUCAUAUCAUAUCAACCAAUUAAGAGAGAACCAAUAGAUCCUGACACUGAAAUAAUUCCUCCUAACAAGAAACAACUUCAGGAUUGA